UCCUCCAAGGAAGAAGAGACUCCUCUACUGAAGCAAUUACGCAGGCGCAUAAUAGCCAAUGGUCCCAUAACGGUACACGACUACAUGCGAGAAGUUCUCGUGAACCCGCAAGCUGGCUAUUACAUGCAUAGAGAUGUCUUCGGACAAGCGGGAGACUUCACCACGUCGCCAGAAGUUUCUCAGAUGUUCGGUGAGAUGAUUGGUGUGUGGAUGCUCAACGAAUGGUUCAAGGCCGGGAUGCCUCAACCCGUCCAGUUGGUCGAAACGGGACCAGGUCGUGGCACGCUAAUGAGUGAUAUCAUCCGAGUUUUCUCCAAAUACAAUGAGCUCAUCGAAUCGCUGCACGUGCGCCUGGUUGAAGUUUCGCCUCAUCUCGCCCGUGUUCAAGAGGAGUGUCUCUGUGGUACCUCCACAGCUUCGAAUUGGACUGGUGACGCGUUCAAAACGUCGACUUCGAGGAAUGGUAUCCCGAUCAGUUGGUACCGGGAUAUCCAAUUGGUUCCGAAAGCCUUCAGUUUUUUUCUAGCGCACGAGUUCCUCGAUGCUCUGCCUGUACACAAGUUCCAACGAACCGAGAGCGGGUGGCGAGAAAUUCUCGUGGAUAUUUGCGAGAGUCCUGAUUCGCCGCUGCAUUUGAAAAUGGUUCUUACACCCAGUCGCUCGCCAGCCACGAUGCUUAUUCCUGAGGGAGAAGAGCGCAAGCACCUUGAGAUCUGUCCUCAAGCCGGAGUGUUCGUCGAACACCUCGCCGAGAGAUUGGAGGAAUCGGGAGGGGUGUCGCUCAUCGUAGACUAUGGCCAUAUGGGGGAAAAAGAAGAUACUUUUAGAGCAUUCAAGAACCAUCAGCUGCACGAUCCACUCUCGCUUCCCGGCUCAGCUGAUCUGACAGCAGAUGUAGACUUCGAAUAUUUGAGACGUUGUGUCGAAGGCAAAGCCUACACGUUCGGACCUGUAUCACAGGGGAAGUACCUGACAAGCAUGGGCAUCGGAGUCCGCUUGAGGAAACUCCUCGAAGUAACCCGCGAUCGCAAGGAAGCGGAAAAUCUCUUAUCGGCCUAUGACAUGUUAGUGAGCCCCCAGAAGAUGGGGGAACGUUUCAAGUUUUUCGCAAUGUUCCCGAAAGCAAUGACGCAGCUCCUCGAAAGCAAUCCCCCAGCGGGCUUCUAGGUGAAUCUUUCCGAGCGAAGUAUUGGCGAGUCUACUCGGGAUCGGGUACUGAUCAUCAGCGUCGUCACUGAUCGAAAGCGGCGGAGACAACCAUGCGUCAGGUUUUUAAACCUCUUGUUGAUUCCUUCAGAAUUAUAUCUCAGGCUGGAUAGGGAUAUCAAUAGCGGGAGACUCUCAACAAGAUUAUUAUGGAUGAUUCGACAAAAGCUUUAUUGAC